AUGGCAGAUCAGCACAAGGUUUCUGCUGAAUCCGAGGAAAGGUCCUUCGUGUUCAAGGUACAUGGAUACUCAAGACUGAAGGAGCUGCUCAAGAACGGCCAGUGCGUGGCUUCUCCCCCUUUCAGCGUUGGAGGUGACAACUGGGUUCUCAGGUAUUACCCCAACGGUUGCGACUUGGCAAAAGGUAAUGCUAGUCGGAUAUCCCUGGUUCAUGAUUCUGCCAAGGGUAAGGUGGUGAAUGGGAAGCCCAAAUCUAUCAGUGUACUUGGCAAAGAUGGUCUACCGGUGCCACCAUGCGUCGGUGGCAUGAUUGAAACGGAAUUAGAUUUUGAAACGAUUUACCGAGGCAAUUUGGUUGUCCUUCUCAAUCGGGAGAAAUUGGAGCGAUCAGGGUAUGUAAUAGAUGACUGUUUCAGAAUCAAGUGUGAUCUGACUCUCAAGAAGGAUAUCCACAGUGAAGAAACAAUUGGGAAUCAGUUUGUUGUUGUCCCUCCAACCGACUUGCAUCUGCAUUACCGAGACCUCCUAGACAGCAUGGAUGGAGCGGACGUGACCUUUCAUGUCGGUGGGGAGAAGUUCUUGGCUCAUAGGAUCGUGCUCGCUGCUAGGUCAUCUGUAUUCAAGGCGGAGCUCCUCGGCACCAUGAAGGAGAAAACCGACAGUCCUAUUGAAAUCGGUGACAUGGAAGCUGAUGUGUUCAAGUCCUUGCUUCACUUCAUAUACACCGACUCGCUGCCUGUUCUUGAGUUGGCUAGCAAGCAUGGUGAAGCACCUCGAGAUGUGGUGAUGGCUGGUCAUCUGCUCGUGGCAGCAGACAGGUACAACAUCGGCAGGCUUAAAUUGAUGUGCGAGCACAAGUUAUGUAGCCAUAUUGAUGCCAACAUGGUGGCGACCAGUUUGGCUUUAGCUGAGCAGCAUAACUGCACUGGACUCAAGGAAGCUUGUUUACAGUUCCUCACUUCUCCUUCCAAUUUGGAGGCGAUGAAGGCAAGUGAAGGCUACAAGCAUCUGAAAAUUAGUUGCCCGUCUGCUCUUAAGGAGCUGAUUGCUAGGCUCCUGCCGGUUGAAAUGAAAGCGGCCAAGGAAAUCAUCAUGGAGAUUUAG